AUGCCUCAACGUACUCGUUCAUCCAAAAUUGCUGUAGCAUCACCAAUUUCUCCAUCCAAAUCAAAGAAAAAAACUAUCACAAUUUCAAAUAAAACAUCAAUAAAAAAAUCUUCUCCAACAAAACGUCAUCUCGAACAAAAUUCAUCAAUAUUAACCCAACCAAGACAAAAACGUCUUUCAAGUUUAACAGCAGCAGCACUUGUUCAUUAUUGUACAAGUAUUCUUUCGCCAUCAAGAAAAUUAAAUCAUUCAACCAAAUCUCUUCCUAAAAAUACAAAAUCACCACAGCGUAAACGUCAAAUCUCAAAUGUUUCAUCUAGAUCUGAUAUAAAACAUGCUCAAAUAGAGUCAAAUACUCGUGUUCGUCGUGAAGCAAGUUCACGUGCAUCAGCAAUGAUUAUGCAACAAAAUGAAAUUGAACGUAGUCGGUAUACUUAUUCGUUCACUAAUAAAACUUCAACAACAGUUAUUCGACCAAAUCGUGCUAAAAGUACAGUUAUAAAUAAAAGUGAUAUUCCACAAGAACAACCCUCUAUUGAACCUAUUAAACCCAACAUACCAUCUAUAACAACUUUACCAAAUCAAAUUGAAUAUGCUCGAUCAUCAAAUACUACAACAACAACAACAAUGUUGAGUAAUUCAAAAUAUUCAAUAUUAACAGAAGCUAGUUUAGCGGAACAUAAUCGUUUAAAUGCAACUCUACCAUCAUAUCAUACAGAAAAACAUGAUAAUUUUAUUAAAUGGACACAAGAAUUAGCUUUAUGUGGUCGUUUAUCAUCACAUGAAAAUUCUUCAGAACCAAUCGAUCAUACAACAGAUAAUGAAUCUUCAGGUCUAGCAUCACAUUCAAAUAUUGAAGAGAUACCAACGCCAUCCAUUGUAUCUAAUGAAUUAUCACAUUCAAUAAAAAAUAAUAUUACAACACCUGCUUUUCUUUUCCCAUCAACUGCAUAUCCUCUUGAUAUACAUUCAUUUUAUCCUCUUUUACCUUGUUGGCAAUAUCCCGCUUGGUCAUAUCAAUCAUCAACAUCACUCAUUCAACCAUUAUCAAAUAAAACAUCUUUGAUACAUUCAAAAGACAAAGAAGCUUUAACAUUACAUUUACAUACACAUCAUCAUCAUCAUAUACAUAAUUCAACAUCGUCACUUAAUUCUUCGAAUCGAAGGAAAACAAAAGCAGUGCUGUCAUCACCACUACCACAAAAAAUUAAAGAACAAUUUCCAGAAACAACAACUAUUGUACCAGUCAGUGUGAAUAAUGUUGUUCAACGAGAAGAUGAAGAAAUUCCACUGACAACAGAAUAUCAAAUAUUAAAUCUUUCAAUAAAUAAUAAAACAAAUUUAAAUCAACAAAAUGAAACAAUAAAAAAAACGACGCGAAGAAAAUCUUCUCCAGUAAAAAGACGGAUAAGCAGUGGAGCUAAAUCCAAUAGUUCAUCUAUAGCGUCAAUUAAUAAUAAAACUUCACCAAAAAAAAAAGUCAAUACUAAUCAAAUAACAAUUAAUUCACCCGUGCCGAAUAUUCUGAAUUCAAACGAUAAUUUGCCUGUGGCCGACCAGAAAUCUUCUCGACGGUCACCUAAACGUCGUAGUAUUUCAGCCGCUACGGCUAAUUCAACAGCAAUUGUUUCAAUAACGGGUAAAAGUUCGCGUGGAAAACGUACAAAUUCAGCAUCAUCUAUUCCGAUACGAUCGAAAUCAUCGAUAAAUAAAAAACGAUCUCAUUCACCAGCUUCAAUCACAUCAUCAUUGCCAAAUAAAAGAAAAAAAGAAAAAGUUUUAAACUAUUGGAUUUUAUCUGGAAAAUCAGAACAACAACUUGUUUCAAUUCAUGCUGACAAGCCACCUGUAUUUCGCGAAUGCUAUUCAUCGAUUCAACAUGUAACAGAAAAAGAUAUUAUUAAAUCGAAUGAUUGUGUAAUAUUACGAUCUGAAACUGGUACGCAUAAGGAUGUAACACCAUAUUUAGCUAAAGUCAAAUGGUUUUGGCUAGAACCACUAUCAGAUGAGAUUCAAAUGUCAAUUAUCUGGUAUUAUCAUCCUGAACAUGCAGAAUUACCAUUACGUGUUAAAGAACGUUUUUUACGAAAUGAACUUUUAGCUUCGAAAUAUUGGGAUUGCGUUAAUGUAGCAUGUAUUGAAGACAAAUGUUAUGUAUUAAAUCUAAAUGAAUAUAAUCGAUAUUGUUUACGUGAAAAAUCAACGAAUCUCUUUGAACAUUCUGAACCAAUUGGUCAAUUGAAAUCUUUAUUAAAUAAUAAUACUUCAUCUAUUCAUGAUCGUCCACUACCAGCUAAAAAUGUCGGUAAUCAAAAUAUAUUUUUUUGUCGUUAUGUUUAUGAUUAUCGAGUUAAACGUAUUUUAAAAAAUCCAAGUUUAACAAAUCCAAUAAUAACAACAACAGCAAAUUCUAUCACUACAGCACCUAAUAAUAUGUGA